AGAUUUACUCCAUAUUAGAGUUUUCCAAAAAAAAAAACUAGUUGCUUUAUUCUCACCAUAACCCAGUGCGAGAGGAAUUUUGACGCAAUAAGAAUAAACAGUCGCGAUAGUGCGUUUGAAGAUAGGGAGUCUCUUCUUUCAACAGCUGUCACUUGAAUCGAUCCACCUAGGAUGCAGAAUCAAGGGUUUUAUGCUGACGACCCAGCCGAUGAUGUCGACCCAGUUCAUGCUCAAACUUAUAGAGGCAAUCCUGAUGACGAAGCUCAUCAACGUUUGUUUGAUGAUGAUGCUGAGAAUGUUAUCCAAUCACCUAAAAAUAAGAAGCGUUUCAGUUGGAUAUGCUUAGGAUUUUUGGCAGUGUUACUGACUGCCUGGAUUAUAUGGACCGUCGCUUUAGGAAAAUUGAGCAAAGUCAUAUUCUCGCUUGAAGAUGAAGAACAAGAAUUGAAACGUAUUGAUUUUGAGGAUAUUUACAAUGGCACUUUUACACCCCAGACCCCUUCACUUGUAUGGGUAGAGAAUGAUCCUAGAGAUGGUAUCUUUACGCAUAGAGACCCUGUAACCAAUGAUAUCCUUCUGGAAUCCAUUGAAGAUGGAAAUAGCACUGUCUAUGUUAAAGCCGAUAACCUUUUUGUCGGCCAAGGACUUCUUGAUGUGAACUCGUUUGAAUUAUCCCAAGACGCACAAUAUAUUAUGCUGCGCACCAAUCGCACCAACCAAUGGCGUCAUUCGUAUUAUUCAAAUAUUUAUAUUUAUAAAAAUUCCGACAAAUCGUUAUUUCCUUUGUUGAACACAUCAACUGUCACUGAUAUACCAAAAAUAUCUUAUGCAGCAUGGAGUCCAACUGGCCAUCAAAUGGCGUAUGUAAUGAACAAUGAUCUUUACAUUACUGAUCUGUCAACCCAUCGUCGUGUUACUUUCGAUGGAUCCGCUACUGUAUUCAAUGGUGUUCCCGACUGGGUCUAUGAAGAGGAGGUGUUUAGCUCUAAUUUUGCUCUCUGGUGGUCUCCUGACUCUACUCAUCUUGCUUAUCUGAGAUUCAAUGAAACUUCUGUGCCUGAGUUCCAUAUGCCACUGUAUACUGCUUCCGAGUCAUCGUAUCCUGAAGAGUUGAAAAUCAAAUAUCCAAAGGCACCUACUAUACAGGCUGGUGCAGAUAACCCCUUGGUUUCACUUCACAUUUACUCUUUGAAAAGCGACCAAUCUGUCAUGAUUACAAGAAAUUCUACAGAUGACGCCCACAUUAAGACUACUUCUACUCACAAGGAUUUUGAAGACGAUAAUCGUCUAAUUACAGAUGUUACUUGGGCUACAACUACAAGUACACAUCUUUUAUUUAAGCAGAUGAAUCGUGUUCAAGAUCAUUCUAUUACUAGUCUUGUUACUAUAUCUUCAGUGAUUAGCAAAUCUACAGUUGCAAAGGCACGCGAAUACAAGCCAACAGAUGGUGGAUGGAUAGAUACUUCUCAGUCCAUGGUGUUUCUGGCUGACAAUAGCACUCAAUUGAAGUAUAUGGAUAUUGCUGAUGAUGGCAAUGGGUUUAUGCACUUGGCUAUUUUCACGGCCACUGAGCCUAACAAUGUUCCAAUGUGGCUGACGGAAGGUACAUGGGAAGUGGUCGAUGGAUCAGUUGUAACCGAUACAAAGAGAAAGCUUGUCCACUUUAUGUCCACAGAGCGCUCGUCUCUAGAGCGCCAUCUAUAUACUGUGCAGUUGAACCAUGAAGAUCCUCUUAGCUCUAAGAAAUGCCUAACAUGCCCAGAAAACCCCGAAGAAUAUGCUACAUACAACAUUGUAUUUUCUCCAAAGUUUGGAUAUUAUCUUGAGCAUUACCUUGGACCUGAUGUGCCCACUACAACUAUCAAGAAGGUCGACGACAAUUUAUUCUCAAAGACUUUGGAAAACAAUACAUUGCUGAAGAGUGUGCUUGCAGAAUAUGAGCUACCUCGCAUUCGCAUGAAUACUGUUAUGAGUGGUGGUGUUGACAUGAAUGCUAUGGAGAUUCUUCCUCCUAAGUUCGACAUCACUCAGAGAUAUCCAGUAUUAUUCCAUGUGUAUGGGGGUCCUGGAUCUCAGUUAGUUUCGCAUCGGUUUGAGUUGAGCUGGCAAACAUUUGUUGCUAGCCAACUCGGUUACAUUAUUGUUACUGUUGAUGGUAGAGGUACUGGAUUUAGAGGACGCGCCUACAAAGUCAAUGUUCGCAAGAGACUCGGUGAACUAGAGACCAUAGAUCAGGUUAAUGCUGCAAGACACUGGGCAACUCUUGGCUAUGUUGACCCCACAAGAAUUGCUAUUUGGGGCUGGUCUUAUGGUGGAUACAUGACAACAAAGGUUAUUGAAGCCAAUGAUGGUGUAUUUAGUGCCGGAAUGGCUGUUGCACCUGUGACUGACUGGCGGUUCUAUGACUCUGUUUACACUGAGCGUUACAUGCUUACCCCUGAUCUCAACCCACAAGGAUAUAUUGAUAGUGCGGUAAACAACAUGACAGGUUUUGAAAAUGCAAAAUAUUUGCUUAUUCAUGGAACUGGAGAUGAUAAUGUCCAUUUUCAACACUCGGCCGUUUUGAUCGAUAAACUCACUAUGGCUAACAUACACGACUACCGCGUACAGUUCUUUACGGAUAGUAGCCAUUCAAUCAGAUACCACAAUGCUAAUCGAAAUGUGUACUACUUAUUGACUGAGUUCUUAUUUGAGAGCUUUGGCGGUAAAGAGUAUGUACAUGUUCGCACCGAGUCUCACGGAAGAUUUAUGGGUGAAAUUGAUCAUCAUGAAUAGGGGAAUACAUUAGUCUCUUAUUAAUGAGGACUUUUAACGUAUACAGCAGAUUUAAUUCAGUAUAUGUAUUACAACAAACCAUUAAGCUUAGUUAUGUCCUUUUAUAAAAAAAAGAAUAUAUUAUAUUUAAAGCAUAAAUAGUUGUGUUUUCAGCUUUC